AUGAUAUUUUCGAACAGCUCUCUGAAGCAUGUGAACUACCCCACGCAGGUCCUCGGCAAAUCCUGCAAAAUGAUUCCUGUGCUCCUCGCUGGAACGCUCUUCGGAACACGUACAUACUCGCUCCGGAAAUACAUCAGCGUCUUUAUCAUCACCGCCGGAAUCGUUCUGUUCCAAAUGAUGGGGUCCUCCAAGAAGAUCAGCCAGCGGUCGAACAGCGCUUUCGGCCUGAUUCUUCUCUUCUUAUCGCUCUGUAUGGACGGAGUCUGCGGCAUGCAGCAGGACGUUGUGGUUCCUCAAUUCAAGCCUUCGUCGCUGCGGCUCCAGGUCAUGCUCAACAUUUACGGGAUGGGCGUAUCCGCGGUCACCGCGAUCUUGAAAGGGGAAUUGGUGCCUGGAGUGGAGUUUCUGGUGAGGAACAAGCAAUGUCUGUGGUAUGCGGUGCAGUUUGGGUUGUGCUCGUCGGUGGGACAGAUGUUUAUACUAUAUACGGUGCGACAUUUUCCUCCGUUGGUGUUGUCCACGAUAACGACGACAAGGAAGUUUUUUAGUAUUUUGAUUUCUGUUUUGUUUAUGGGCAAUGAUAUUAAUAAAUAUCAAGUCGGUUUGGGGAAUGGAUGUGAAGUGUAG